GUUGUCGUUGUUGCCGUAGUCGUUGUCGCGAGAAAAAAGAAAUCCUUUGCUUCUUUUCGUAAAAGAAAUUCAAGGUCGCCGUAAAGGCCAUCAGAAGAAGCCAGUGAAGGAACGUGUAAUAUACAAAAUAGCAACAAGGGGAAAAAGAAAAGAAAUAUGUCGAAUGCCUCGGCGGCAAGGAGUAGCAAGGAGAGCAGGACGGAAUCGGUCGCGAGAAGAUGGACGCCUAAGCCCGUUCUAGAUCCGGAUAUAACGAAAGAUCUUCCCUUGAUUGACGCUUACGUGGGCAUACUGAAGGAAAAGAAGGACAUAUCUAAGGCGAUUAAAGCUAUAUCGAUCAUUUUGCCGGGUUUCGAUCAUUUGAAACGUUGCUCGUCCAAUAAGAUCCUUCUGGCACCCGUGAAAUCUUUCGAUAUAAACGACGACGUGCCGAUCCAGGACCGACUAAAGAUUUUUCUCAAGGAGAAAGCUUUCGAUCUUGCUCUUUUAGAGGACGAUUUGCGUGUCAUCAAAGUUCCAGAAAGGAGCGCCAAGUCGAAAGCGCAGGCGGCACGGGCUUCGAAGAUUUGGCCGUUAAAGUUUCAUCCCGAUCCUAUGCUCGAAACAAUCAUCGACGGAUCGAUUUUCAACGAGGAUCAACUACGAGGAAUCGAGGAGUGCAUGAGGAUCGUCAUAACAGCUGCAAAAUUAGAGGCUAUCGGGGAUUCCAGUUGCAACGGUAGCGCCGUCAUCGUCGAUCCCGACGACGGCGGUAGGAUCCUUGCGAUCGCUGCCGCCAAAAUGGACCGACACCCGAUGUGGCACGCGUCGAUGUUGGCCGUCGACCUAGUCGCUAAACUACACGGCGGGGGUGCUUGGAAUUUGUACGAGGAGGAGGAAUCUAUUGGCCCGUAUCGAGCCGACGACGGGAACUUUGAAAAAAGAAUGAAAACUAUUAAAAGAAAAUACGAGGAGGUGGCACCGCUUUGUUAUCCACGAACGUUGUCCAAUAUAGAAAUUCCUUCGGUGGGAUGCCUCCAAGUUAAAUGGAAAUUACAAGGUCGGCGGAAUAACGGUCCUAAAAAAGCUGACGCCAUAGCGGAGCCGAGUACAGGCGAGAAAUGUGGACCGUACUUGUGUACCGGCUAUUGGGUUUUCUUGCUGAAGGAACCGUGUCCAAUGUGCGCUAUGGCUCUCCUUCAUUCGAGAGCAGCGAAAAUAUUUUACGGCGUAUCGAACGAGAGGACCGGUGUCCUAGGAUCCAAUGGAAUUUUGCAUGCGGUCCCGGGACUUAAUCAUCGAUAUCGCGUUUGGAGUGGAGUAUUGGAAAGGACCUGCGAGGAGGCGUCGAACGAAAUUCAACGGAAGACCGUCGACUCCGUCGAUUGAGGCGGCAUUUUGUUAGUCUUCGAUUUCGAGUAUAGACUGGGUUGCGAUGUCGGGGAUAAGACGAAUACGAUCUUAUCGCCUAUUUUCACGAUUACGAUUAUUACGAUCAUACGAUUAGCGAGAGCAAAUGGAAGGGCUUAGAAAAAAGGCACGUGAUCAGUGUCUCGGAUUAAAAGCAAUAAUAUGGCCGACCUUGGUACAUCGGUAUACUUUCCAACGAUGUCUCCAAGUCCGCAGCAUCUGCUCCUAUUUCCUUAUUCGUACGAGCGUCAUUCGCAUACAUGCUACAUAUCGCGUUAACACUCGCGCGCUCCCCUCGCCUCGCCUCGCCUACACUCGCCUCGCCUCGCCUCGCCUCGCCUCGCCACGCCUCGCCUCGGCGUACAACGAUGCUUUUGUAUUUCCACGAUCGUGGAAAUUCUCCUUCUCCUUUGUCUUUUGCUUCGCUUCGUUCCGUCUUUGCCAUACUUUGUUAAUAAAGUCACGAAGAGACACAAGAUAAAUCAUUUUCUUACGCCUUUCCACACGUUAAUAAUUAUUUCCGCUUACUCGUUGAUAUAACGAUUACCAUAAUUGUUAAAGUUCCAUGACACCCGCGCGAGUUGAUAUAAUUCAUCUCGACGAUGCGAUGUAUUAAUGCGAUUACGUGAUUUGGCUAUAAACAAAAUUCACCGUAGAGACGGUGGGAAAGAGAAUGAAAACGGAGAAAUGUUAAAUCGCUUGACUUGUCCAUUUCUAGUUUUUCAAGUAUUUAAUAUUUAAGCAUAUUAAUCGUUGUUCCGUUGCGUCUCCCAUUCGAAUAUUAGCAAGAUUUUUAGGCGGAGAGAGGCAUAAUCUUUUCGACGCGCACGAUAGACCUAUUCCACGAACGCUUUAAUUCUCAUAUAAGCGAACGGCGUGGACGUAUGUACAUAGAAAUGAUGACCCAUCGGAUUGACUCCAAUCAGCGAAAACUCGAGAGACGCGAGACGCGAUGGGAGUCGCAUCAUUCACGAUUCACCGACGAUCCGAUCGAUGUGCACGAGUUUGUCUUGCGGCGAGAAAGAAGAACGGAAAAUUUUUCAAGAUCGAACUGGUGUUUUUCACCGAUCGAUCGACAUUUUAGCCUUAUACUAAAAUAAAUCAAAUUCUAUUCGAGAUGUCUUCGCCGAGCAAAAGUAUUCUAUGUGUUUGUAUGAUGAACGCUUCGAUUAAUACGUCGUAUACAUUUUUUUUUGUUCCAGAUAUCAUCAUCUUUUUCAAAGGAUUUACUUUAGAAAAAGAAAUGGAAAACGUACAAAGAAGUUAAGGAAGCGGAGAAGUGGGUCUCGCGAGCGAGUUAGAGCUCGAUAUCAGAGAUAAAGUUUCGAGAAAAUAAUUAAUCUGCGUAGCAAACAGACGACGCGUCUCUUUUACUUUUCUCUGUUCUUUCUCUCUCUCCCUUUCCCUCUGACUCUCUCUCUCUCUCUCUCUCUCUCUCUAUCUAUCUAUCUAUCUAUCUAUCUAUCUAUCUAUCUGUCUCUGUCUAUUUUUAUUCGAGUUACAGUUAUAUACGAAGCAGGUAUCAACAUAGAUACGAAUCUGCAUUGGAAAGAAGGAGAGAAGGAGAAAAAGAGUGAACCUUACGAGCUAAAAGACGGAGGAGACUUCCAUAAUAUAGAGCAGAGUCGCAUUUUGCUCAUCAACACUGAGUGAUUCCAAUUGACGAUCAUCUCGACCCUCGGGCUCUCGCCUUAUUGGUGAACUUUUUAAUACGUUGCGUUACCAUUGGAUCGUUUCUUUCGACCGAUCUACGGCCCACUCGGUCAGAAAGUCUCCUCGUAGACACAGUAUCAAAUCGUCCAUCGAACAAAGUGAUCGAUAUCUCUCUACCUCUGUUUCUUCUCACCCUUCCUCUCUCUCUCUCUCUCUCUCUAUCUAUCUAUCUAUCUUUUCAUCUAUAUCUAUCCAUCUAUCCGUCCCAAUCGAAUUUAUCUUUGAGCAUUUAGUAGAAACGUAAUUUAUACUAGUUGUAGCGAAAAUUAAAAGAAAAGCCAUUUGUUGCCUGUGUCCACUGUUAUCGGUUCUACUUAUAAAAUCGGCUGAAUGGCUAUCUAUUGGCUCUUACUGUUUGAAAGACUUUGAUCAGUUUUCAUAAUACGUUCGAAGAUAAAAAGGAAUAUUAUUCGAGAGGAAAGCAAAAGUGUUCGGACAAAGGAGAAAUAAAAAUACAUCAUUCAUUUU